CGACGAACAAACGAACGACGACGACGACGCAGGAAGCAUCCCACGGCACGCACGUUCCAACCGCAGGCUUCACCUAAUUGUGUUCAUUGUUGUGAGUGGGUAAGAAGGGGAGUAUGGGUGGACCUAUCCGUACAAACCACGGCGAUCACGGGGAAGGUCGACCGCAUCCUUACGCCAGAAAGCCAAAGAAAAAUGACGACCUCCGAGAAGACAAUGGCUUCGUCUUUAAACCCAGCAAGAGCAUCAAAUUGGAAAGCAUAACACCAACCGAGUCCCCAAACUCCCCUCAACCCAAAAAGAAGACGAAGGAAUCUCUCCCCGAACCGAAUCCAAACGCAUCCCGUCGGAAAACGACCAUCGCAGUCCCUGGUGGACCCCUCAACCUUCGCGUCCAGACUCUCCGUCGUUCUUAUGCUCCUUCAAAACUUUCUGAAGGAGAUUAUACUGUGAACUUACCAUCGAGUGAUACGCCAAUCAUUGAGCGAAAUAAGCAAAUGAGAAAUAGUGGCGGACGGAGAAGGUCAAGUUUAGGAUUACGGGGAAAGAGGGUGUCUGCUGCACAUAAUGGAUUAUGUCCGCCGCCUCACGAAACGAUCGACCCAUCUGAUUUCUACCGACACAUUGAUGCGGAGUUAUCUGAUCCUAAUCGAAUGAGGCAGCUUUUAGUUUGGUGCGCCCAACGGACGUUGGAUGGACAAAGCAAUGAGAAUAAGGAGGACCCGGCUGAUAAUCUUGAUCGAAUAUUUCGGGAAAUACAGGAAGAUGUUAUUGCUGGACUGACAAGCAAAAAAAUCAAUACAUCAUGGUAUCAUCGCCCAGCUGAUUCAACACCACAGCCCGAAACACCCAAAAAAUUACCACAUCCCCAAAAUGAAGCAAGCGCCCGACAAUUAGAGGAAUACCAACGCGAUCUGGAGAGACUCAAAGCUGAAGAACAACAAUGGAUCUCUCUACUCAAAGAUCACACCGCAGCUCAUGCGGAUGUUAUUGCACGUCUCGAAUCCAAACCUGAGCAUGAACUUGUUGAGCCAUCUCUGAAUGAUGACGAACGGGCAAUACUUGAAGAAGUAUGCUCCGGUGAUUUUACAAAGUCCAUAGACGGGUGGAUGGCAGAACAAUAUGACUCCCUACAAUUAGAGUUGGACAAUGUUGACCACGUUUUACGUCAAACAACGGCCUUUGAGCAUAGGACACGGAGAUUCACUGAUCAGGUCUUUGAGAAGGUCUUGAAAGCGUACGAGGAAAAAGACAGAAAGGAGAAGGUGGCGGACCCGAUGGACAUUUUGAGACUGCUGUCAACAGCCAAGCCCUUAGGGGAUAUAUAGAAAGGAGGUGGAUGUCGCAAUUUAGUGUAUAGAUAUUAUACAGCGUACUCUAUGAUUCUGUCUGCGACACUCAGCUGUGCUGUACAUUGUCAUGAGAAUCAGAUAAUCCAUUUGAGUAGGGCAAAAAGAAGUGUCCCAAGUCUUCGCCUUAUAUUACAAUCAUGGUACACAAGUAAAUACAAGAGUUUGGCA